AUGGAAAACGAAGACAUACAAUGGUAUAAUUAUGUAAACCAAGUGCAUCAUAGAAAAGUGUUACUUGUCUAUUUGGCCACUUUACACAAAAAGAACAAAAACGACAGAUCAAAACCCACAUGGCAUGUUAAACCAUUUCUAAAAGAAAGGAGAGUGCAUGGGCAUUGUCAUUGUUUGACAAGUGAACUGCAAUUAACAAAUUCAGAACUCUACCAAAACUUUGUACGAAUGUCUGCUAGUACAUUUGAGGAACUGGUGUGCUUAGUUGGACCCAAAAUAAUGAGAUUUCCAAGUCGGCCUGAUAUAUUAUCAGUUGGAGAAGUCCUAACGACAACUUUGCGGUAUCUUGCCCCUGGUGAAUCAAUGAUGUCAAUAAUGUACUCAUUUCGUAUAAGGAAGGCCACUGUAUUAGUUGUACCAGAUACUAAAAAAUGGGCACAGUUUGGUGUCGAGUUUGAAAAUAAAUGGCAAGUACCAAAUUGUAUAGGUAGUAUUGAUGGUAAACGUAUUAUACACCAGGGAUUUUCCAAUAGUGGAUCUGAAAAUUAUAACUAUAAAGGAGCACAUAGUAUAAUACUGUUGGCAAUGUGUGACGCCAGUUAUAACUUUACUAUAGUAGACAUUGGUGCAGCUGGAAGAUGCAGUGAUGGUGGAGUUUUCUCUAACUCUGAAAUGGGAAGAGGUAAAAGAAAACUACCAUUAAACGAAUCAAUAUUUAACUAUAGACUUUCCAAAGGCAGACGUACCAUUGACAAUACCUUUGGAAUAAUGGCCUCAAAAUGGCGUGUGUUUAGAAAAACAAUAAUUGCCAGACGCAAUACUGUAGAAGCAAUUACAAAAGCUGCAGUUGUAUUGCAUAAUUUUAUAAAAAUGUCAGAAAGUAAUGCUGGUGUACGGUAUUAUAGUGGCCCUUUGGACAUCGAACCUGAUGAAGACAAUCGACGGGCAACACUAGAAAUGGGAGCUUUAAGACCAGUAAACCAAUUAGGAACCAAUACCUAUUCAGGAAAUGCUAAGAUAAUCAGAAAUAAACUUAAGGAUCAUUUUUCAGGCAAAGGUGUAGUUGCAUUUCAAUAUGAAAGAUUAGUUAAAUAA